UCUUCCGAUUUGCCCUUCUCUCUCUCGAUAGCAAACGGAGCCGAGGGACGACGCUUGGAUAGGCGGUGGGUGCGCAGGAUACCGAUGGCGCCUGUAGAUACGCGGCGUCCGUACAAGAGGGCAGCUAUCUCCGACCAGCAGAAGCGCCGAGAGCUCGCUCUGCUCCGCCAGGUCCAACAACGCCGGGACGCCCAGCAACAUGCGCGCACGUUAGCAUCCUCCGUCAUCUCUCUCCAAAACCAGGACCCCGAACCUGUCACUGAGCCGCAGUUGGAACCGGAAACGGAACCCGGACCCGAACACGAACACGAACCGGUAUCCGAACCCCUGUCUAGGGAUCUCGACGUCGUCCAGGCCUCCAAGCAGCUGCGAGGCUCGGCAGCUCGCCGAUGGUUUGCGCGCCAGCUCAUGCUCCCAGAAUGGAUGAUCGACAUCCCGCCUCGAUUGGAUCGUGAUUGGUAUGUCUUUCCAAGGCCUUCUGGGAAGCGGUGUUUUGUGGUCUCUUCUAAUGGGACGACAGUUAGUAGGCUUCGGAAUGGUUCUAUAUUGCAUCAUUUUCCAUCUGCUCUUCCCAGUGGUGCGAGGACCAAAGAUAUUUCGGGUCCUGCACACUCUUUUUGUAUCCUGGAUUGCAUUUUUCAUGAGCCAGAUCAAACUUACUAUGUGAUUGAUAUGGUUUGUUGGCGAGGGUAUCCAUUACAUGAUUGCAGUGCUGAGUUCAGAUUCUUUUGGUUGAACUCCAAGCUUGCUGAAACGGGCGCUUGUAAUCCACCGUCUUUGUACCAUAAGUACAGAUUUAGUGUCGUGCCCAUCAACAAUUGUGAUCUAACAGGUCUGGAGGCAGCAUAUGCAGGUGCCGUGCCUUAUGCAAAGGAUGGGCUAUUGUUUUACAACAAGCAUGCCCAUUAUCAAACUGGUAAUACACCACUAGCACUAGUCUGGAAGGAUGAAAACUGUAGCCAAUAUGUUCUUGAUACAGACAGUAAAGGACAAGUUCCAUCUCAGCAACAUGUGGUUUUGGAAUUGCAAGAUGACGGAAAAGUCACCACCUCAGAUGAUCCUCCUGUUGUCUUCAGUUGCUUAGAUAGAGAAUUCAUACAAAAGUCGGGUUUACGGUCACAAACACUUCUACGCUUUGCCAUUGGUGAUGGAGGCUUGAGAAUUGUAGAUGGAAAGCUUGAGAUGGCUGAUCUACACUUUGUUGGCAAAUCCAACCGUGCACGUGCUUUUGCAGAUAGUUACUCAAAGGUUCUGUUCCAGUAUACCGCUCGACAUUCUCCUCUUAGGAUUGAGGAUCUGGUUGCAUCCAUUAAUUCUUCUCAAGAUCUUGGUAGUGAAACCAUGGAUGUUGAGAUGGUUGAGUGAUGGCAGUAAUCGCGUUAAUCAUGACUGCUGAUGAAAUGAAGAUGAUGAUGGUGGUUCUAUUCAUUUCAGAUCCUACUAGACGGCAGAUAACUAUUCCCAUCUUGAGAGUUAAAUGGCGCCAGCGUUUCAUGAAGAUGAGUAAUCGGUAAGUUUUGUACUUGAUUUAUAGCUAACAAGAGUUUGAAAUAUUGGCUAGUAUCUAAUAUGUAAAACAUCAGGCACUGGCCAAUAUUGUACAAUAAAGAAAGUCAGGUAUCUGUUGAUAGUAAUUAAAUAGAAAAUGCCAGUGUCAUAAACACUGCAGCGUCAUGUAAUGAUAAUACCCAUAUUGGCUUGAGAUUGUA